AUGUCGAAAUUUCUGCGAAGCAGACUGAUGAGUGUUUUAUUCAACCCAGUUCGUUGCAAUGGUGAUCAAGCUGGUACACUGGGCAGCGGGGCAGGAAAAGGUGGAGGUGCUGGAGGCUCCAUCAGAGAAAGUGGCGGGGCCUUUGGAAAAAUGGAACAGGCUCACGAAGAACAGUAUUUCAGAAAGUUGCAGCAGGAACAAAUACAAAAGCUCAAAGAAGAUAUGGAAAGGCAAAAGCAAUUGGUUGAGAGAUUGAAAGCAGAGCUCGAAAAGCAGAAAGGAAAACUUGGUAACAUUGAAAGCUCUAAGAGCAAUGAAAAUUCAAACCAGUGUGGAUAA